AGUUCUCCGAGGAAAAAAAAGAAGCUUGUGGUAUCUUGCUUCUAGCCUGAAGCUUAAAGUCUGUAGAAUUCUUUCCUCUCCCUCUCACUUUAUACUUCCUUCCCCUUUAGUCUCGGCUGCACAGAGACAAUCAUGAGGACUCUGCUCCAACUAAUCUUCAUGGUCACCUUUCAUCUCUACCUGGCAAGUGGAUAUGAAGGAUCGGGAUACUCACCAGAAGAUGACGAGGAAAUAUAUGCACGCAAUAGAUAUGGAGACAAAGAUACUCCAUGGUGCUCCCCAAUCAAAGUCAAGAAUGGCCAUGCGACCUGUAGCAGUCCUUACCGAUCGCACUACAAGAAUGCAAAGGGGGCAAGAUGCAACAUAUAUUGUCAGAAAGGUUAUGAACUCCAUGGAGCUUCACAAGUCAUUUGCCAGGAGGACAAACGUUGGUCUGGAAAAUAUUUAUGCAAGCAGAAGCGAUGUCCCACUCUUACUAUGCCACUUAAUGGAGGCUUCAAAUGUGUAGAUGGCGCCUACUUUAACUCGAGGUGUGAAUAUUACUGCUCACCAGGAUAUCAGCUGAAAGGAGAGAGAAUUGUAAUGUGUAUGGAUAGCAAAGUCUGGAGUGGCAAGCCUCCGACUUGUGUGGAUCUGGAGCCACCAAGAAUUAAAUGUCCAAGUGUUAAGGAGAAGGUAGCAGAACCAAAUAAGCUGACUGCAAGAGUAUUCUGGGAAACUCCAGAGGGACGAGAUACUGCAGAUGGUAUUUUAACUGAUGUUAUAAUGAAAGGACUUCCCUCGGGCACAGACUUCCCAGAAGGGGACCACAAAAUCCAAUAUACAGUGUAUGAUAGAGCAGAAAACAAAGCGUCAUGUAAAUUUAAUGUUAAAGUCAGAGUUAAGCGCUGUGCAAAACUAAGUGCUCCUGACAACGGAUACAUCAAAUGUUUGGGAGACGGUGAUAAUUAUGGAGCUACAUGCGACUACUUUUGUGUUGGGGGCUAUGAGCUUCAAGGAAGUCCAGCCCGUGUCUGUCAAUUUAAUUCAGAAUGGUCAGGCACAGAACCAACAUGUUCCUUUAUGAACAUUAAUGUUGGCAUAAACGAUGCAGCAACAUUUCUGGACCAGUUUUAUGAGAAAAGGAGAUUAUUAGUUGUAUCAACUCCUACCGCGGCUGAUUUCUACUACAGACUGCAAAUUGGAAUGCUUCAGCAAGGUCAGUGUGGCCUGGACUUACGACAUAUUACAGUAAUUGAAUUAUUUGGAGUAUAUCCAACUUAUAUUGGAAGGAUUGGACGCCGGAUUCUGCCCCCAGCACUGGGAUUCCAGCUCAGGUUGCUGCUAAGAAUCCCCCAGAACAAAUUUCAGUUGGUGGUGUUAGAUAAGCAUGGAAUGGACAAAGAGCGAUAUGCUGUGCCCGUCACUAACACAGAUCUUUUUACUUUGAUUGAUGCCUUUCCUCUUAGGAAAGAUGAGAUGAAACUGCAAGCUGAAUUUGGUCACUCUUGUAACUAAUUAUGGUGCUCGCGUGGUCUAUAAACUGUUUAAAAGGUGCUACCUGCUAUACAUACUUUGGUGUACAGAAUAGAGAUCUGAUAUAUAUUCUCUCUUGAUACAUACAUACAGUAUAGAAUAUUCUAUAUAUGUACUACAGCUAUGGUGUCUAUUAUCCAUAAACUGUUAUCCAGAAAACUCCUAAAUACGGCAAUACUCUUUCCAAUAUCAUUGUGUCUCGAUUUUUGUUCAAUUGGCUUUCUUUCUGUAAUAAUAAGAUGCUAAAUCAUACUUAGUACUGACUAAGCUGACAUGAAUCCAUAUCCAUAGGAAAAUAAUUGUAUCAAUUUUUGUUAAGGUUUAAAUGUUUUCCAUAGUCUUAAGGCAUGGACUUCUUUUUUAUAGGAAAAAAACAGAUCCCAAGCAUCUUGGAUAAUAGAUCCCAUCCUGUAUUAUUUAUACAUGUACUUUGAAAGCAUCAUUUACAGAAAUUAUAUAAAAAAACAAAACAUUUUAGUGAGCCAUUUUCAAUGCUUUAUGCAUUAAACAUUAUAAUAUUAUAAAGCUUGUAUAAAUAAAGCUAUUUUAAUGCUGCAAAUGCUACUGAGUAUUAACAAAGAAAUCAGUGCUGGUUUAAGAAAGCUUUAAAACAAAUCCACUAUUUUAGGAUUUGGCCAAAUCCUGAAUCCUUUGUGAAAGAUUUGGUCAAAUACCAAACCGAAUAU